CAGCAAUGGCUCGCUUCGCAUCUCUUUUCCUCCUCUUUUCCCUGCUAGUGGCAGACGUUGUCACUGCAACGGAAGAAAACGGUGAGCCACAUGUACACAUUGACUACGAUAUGGUGAUGCUGCCGGAUCGCUGCCCUGAUGGUUACGUCUACGUCAGCGGGGACUGCAGAAGAUACACUUGGUUGGAGGAACCAGUGGACCCCGAGCUACAAGUCGUCCUUAGUGGCGCCGUCGGGGAAGGUAGAAGCGGCACGGCUCAUCUUGGACUCGCUUCUGCCCUCGCACUGAUUUCCACCGCUAUUGGUUUUUACAUCAGCUCAUAAUGGCUACGUAAAAUGGAUGGACAAGCAGCAAAAUGAUAAGGCAACGUACAUGGCACCUACUGAAUCGUCAGUACAUCUGGAAUAUGUAGUAUAUAGAAUCUCCCAGUAAUCCCUCUGCCUUAAAAAUAUUCUGUAAAAGGAGUGGAAAUAAGUAUUCCAAUAAAAUUUUGUAGUGGUAACUUCUGCCACCAAAUGUA